AAAAACAUAAAAAAACAAAAGAUGAAAGCAAAGUUGGGAAAGGAGGAUAACAGUGAUUCUAGUGAUGGAGUAAUUUAUCGUUUGUACAGGGCCACCGAGUGUAAUAAGCGACGCGUUCUGCCACUAGCUAACCAAUUUUGAUUCAUUAAUAGGUCGACCUGUAUGACCUAAAGUGUCGGAGACUGCUAAACGAAUUAAUUUAUCCACAUUCUUUUAGUGCGAAUACGCAAUAUGUGUGCCUUUCUUACACAGAAACAAAAUUUUGUUUAUUCUCAAUUGUGAUUAUUUUUAUCCGUGAGUUAUCUCUCAGUUGCAUACAUAACAUUGUUCUACAUCGAAUGGAAAACAAUACAACUUAAAAAUUACUUCGCAAUGUAGAAGGAUUUUUUGCCAGUUUUAUUAUAAAACUGUGCAAGAUGAAGUGAAACACGGCAAUGUAUGUUCGAGCUAUGUUCGAGAGAUCAAUUGGAUUUGCAGAUGCAGUGGUUUGCCAUAAUGAUGUGUUUAUAUGCUGGUGUAGCAAGUGCAAGGACAGAAGAAGAUCAACAAACAUCCUCUUCAACUUCAAUUAUUGGGAUAUCUGAUGGUCUUUUAGAACAAUGCUUUUAUCGGCAAUCCAGUGAAUGUCCUGAUGUUAAAACAACUCGAUGUUCUUGUAAGAAAAUUGUUGUAGCCCAUAAUAAUCCUGAGGGCAAUGCUGUACUUUGUUGCAACUUGGAUGUUCAGAACUUUGAUUCGGAACUUUCCUGUGCAGGAUUUCCAUCAAACAUAUCAUACAUACAUAUAAGAAAUGCAACAUUGGAUAUAUUCAAUGUAAGUGAAAUUCGGUGGAGAAGGCUAAAGUCACUUGCAAUUACCGAUGGUAAAAUUAAUAGAGUGAAGGGACAGUUUCGAAUGAUGACACCAACAGUUUGCUUGAAUCUUUCAAACAAUGCUCUCAUCGAAGUAGAGAAUAAUUCACUUACUCGAUUAGCUCAACUCACUACUUUGGAUUUGUCUUAUAAUAAUCUCACACAUUUACCAGCCUUAAAUACAAUGAAUGGCCGAGAAUUUUGGCUUGAUAUUUCAGGAACAAAUACACUUUGGUGUCAUGACAUUUACCAAUAUAUUAAUAAAACAGGAGAAAAGCAAAUUAAUUUCAAUCAUGAAAAUGAAACUGUAUGUUCAGCUAGUAAGACUUGGCAUUGGUUCAACACUACAGAACAAGUUCCAUUGAAACAAGUUCGAUAUCUUAGUUUGUUGCAAACAGAAUGUCCAAAAGGUGAUACAUGGCAAUGUCAAUGCAACUUCAGAAGAUUGGAUAUUGUCGAAGGUAAACCACCGACUUUAGUGGUAAAUGUAGAUUGUAGCGGAAUUCAAAUUACCGAAUUACCUGAAAAAUUACCUCGCAAUACUAUAGCCCUGAAUGUAUCAUGUAAUAAUAUCACUGCAUUAGAUGAUCUGAGUACCAAUCCAUCUUAUGAAGAUAUAAGAGAGUUUUAUGCAGACUACAAUCAUAUAUCGUCUAUAAAUAAAUUAGAAGGGUCCAAAUUUUUAGAUAAUUAUGCUUUACUUAGUUUACGAUACAAUAAAAUUAAAUCUCUUCCAACAUACAUUUUAAGUCCUAAUACUCAUGACAAAAGUUUUAUCAGUUCGCGAUUAGUAAAGCUUGGAGGAAAUGAAUUACAUUGUGAUUGUAACACGGCCAAGUACCUAAAGGUAUGGUUACAAACUCGCAUAUUAGAUUCCGAUGAAGUAUUGUGCGAAAAUGUAAAGGAAAAAGUUGUUGACUUAGAACCUUCAAAAAUGUGCGUUUAUCCUGGUGAUUGGACAGAUUAUAUUUAUUAUAUUAUUGCUACAGAAGUCGUGCUAUUGAUAAGCUUGAUAGCUAAAGUAUCUUAUGAUUAUUGGAUUUUUAAAACGGCAGGUUACCUUCCAUGGCCAGCAAAUAAAAUGCCUAAACUACCUUGUGAUUGGCUAUGUGAAACCUAAUAAUAUAUUUUUUAUAUUUCAUUUGUACCAUAUGUUUUACUGAAAGAAAAUGAAUUUUAAUAUUUCCAUAAAAUUAAAAAAACAUGUAUGUUUUUAUAUAUAUGUAAAAUAUACACAAAUAGGGUAUGAAAUGUUUUAACUGAUGUGUAUAUGAACUUAUGUGUAUAUUGUACAAAAAUAUAUAAUUACUUAAACGAUAAAUACAUAGUAGUCAAAUACAAUUAUUCAGAUUUCAAAAUUUUAAAUAAAAGAAAUGAGCUAGUGCCAUGAUUUUUAAGUAUCGUUUUGUGAUUAAUAUUCAAAAGUACAAAAUAAAAUUUAUGUAUGUUCAAGUUUAUAACAUCAUAAUUGUAACAUAAUUCUUAAAAAGGUAAUGAUAACUUUUUCUUAUUAAAAGCAAUUUAUUUUAAUGAAUACCAUAAUAAUCAAUAUUCAUCUAAUACAACUAUCUUGUAAUGUGUGUUCAUAUAAAUUGAUCUAUAUAGGCUAAUACAUAUCAGAUAUACAAAUUUAAUAUAUUGCCAUGUGUAAUAAUGAUGUGAUAUUUUGUAUUAAAUAUUGUAUUCAAUAUCUCAAUUACUAUUUCAUAAUUAAAAUAUACUAAUUAAGAAUAUAAUAUUGUUAAUAAUAUAUUUUUAAAUAUAUAAUAUUUUUAUAUGAUACGUAUGAGUAUGCAAGUGUACAUAUAAAAUCAAUAAUUAUCCUAUUAUACAAAAAAUAUAAUAUAGUAUUGUAAUAAACCAUAUCAGGCCAUACAAAUAUAUUUAACAUACUUACUUAAUAGUUUAUCUCUUGAUGAUGAUUGAUGGAUAUAUACAACAUAUAUUUAUAUAUACGUAAGCGUUUAUACAUAUGUAUUUAAAAUAUUUUAUUGUUUAUACAAUACAUUUACUUCACAUGUAAUAUAAUUAUAAAUUUUUUACUAGUUUACAAUAUGUAUCGGUUAAUAUACACGAUAUUAAGUAUAUAUAAGACUAUUUCUUUUAUUCACGUUUUAUUCAGAAACUUUUUAAGUCAUUCCUCUUUCUUUUUUAAAUUGUAU